AUGGCUCCUCCAUCCGAUUACACCUUCCGAGAGAAGGUCCAAUACGCUUUCUCCUCGCCCAAACACUUCCAUCAAGCCAUCACGCUCGAAAGUGCUAAAUCGAAAUUCAUCAAUGAGGACUUGGUACCUUCGCCACCCGAAAGACGAACUUGGUCAGCAUGGGCUUAUCUAUCUUACUGGUGGUCCGAGAACUGGAAUGUCUCUACUUGGUCACUUGGAAGUUCCUUGAUCACUUUAGGUCUUUCGAUCGGUGAAGCCUUACUUGUCAUCCUCUUUGCCAAUAUCUUAUCCGCUAUCGUGAUCGUCGCGAAUGGUGUCGCUGCAUCUCGGUAUCACAUCGGUUACCCUGUACUGGCAAGAGCAACCUUCGGGAUGUAUGGACAUUACUUCUUUGUUCUUAUCCGAGCAAUUCUCGGUAUCAUCUGGGGUGGUGUUCAAUUGUAUUUCGAGGGCCAAUUCAUUUCGAUCAUGCUUCGAUGUAUUUUCCCUUCUUGGGCUAGGAUGCGAAAUACCAUCCCUGAAUCACAAGGUAUAACUUUACAAGUCCUCAUUGGUUUUGUCAUUGCUUUCUUCGUGACUAUGCCAUUCAUGUUCAUCCACACUACUAAGAUCCAUUACUUGUUCAGCGUCAAAUCCGUUAUCAUGCCUUUGGCAUGUCUCGGAGUGGUCAUCUGGGCCACCACUUCCAAUGGCGGUGUCUCAGCUGGAGUUCUCACUACACCCGCUGAUAAGUCGAGUAUCGCUGUCUUCGCUUGGAGUAUCGUCUCUCAGUUCAAUUCCGUCAUGGGCUCAAACUCCGCUUUGAUCGUUACUGUACCCGAUUUGGCUCGAUACAGUCGAACGCCCCGAUCUCAAAUCAUCGGUCAGCUCCUGGGUCUGCCUAUGGCGAUCGUAUGCGCCGCUUUCGGUGUUAUUACCACUGCGGCUGUACAAAAUAUGUGGGGGGAGGCUUUCUGGAACCCAUAUGACCUCUUCAAUGGUAUUUUGGAUCACACAUAUAGCUCGAAGAGUAGAGCUGGUGUAUUCUUCGCUUCUUUGGUAUUUGCGUUCGCCACCUUGGGAACUUCCAUCGCUUGUAAUAUCGUCCCCUUCGCCGCCGAUAUCACAUGUAUGUUACCUAAAUACAUCAACAUCAUCCGAGGUCAGAUCCUAUGCCUGAUCGUCGCUUUCGCCAUCACACCUUGGCACAUCCUCACUUCUGCUCCUACAUUCCUCAAUUUCCUCGGUGGAUACUCAAUCUUCCAAGGAUCCGUCGUAUCCAUAAUGUUAGUCGACUAUUUCCUCGUUCGAAAGGGUAAUCUCGACAUCGGAGCCCUAUACGAUGGAUCUUCUACCUCGAAAUACUUCUACACGUUCGGUACGAAUUGGCGAAGUAUCGUAGCUUUCAUCGUGGGUUUCGUAGUGCCCUUACCCGGUUUCAUCGGUUCUUUCGGUACAGUCACAGUCUCCCAGGGAGCAAUGCGAUUAUUCUAUCUAGGUUGGGAACUUUCUUUCGUCUUUGGUGGGAUCACCUACUGGGUGCUAUGUUUGGUUUUCAAGGUACCGGGUCAGGAGGAUUGUCAGAGACCUUUCCAUGAUAUGGUGAAUGAAGAUUGGGUAUUACCAGAUGGUGAAACAUCUCAUCCCGCUGAGUCAACUACCGGAGUGGUAGAGAAUUAUGAUGAUUAUGAGAAGAAGAUCGAAAAUGGUGUGAGAGUAAAUGAAAUUUAG